AUGUGCGACCCAUCGACGUCGUUAUCAAUCUUAGAAUCAGGCCCUGAAAUUGAAGUCCCAGAAGAAGAAAAACGUGAAAGAAGAGUCACCUUAGUUGGCAUGCCCCCAAAUUUCUACGAAAAAACUAUCCCACUAGAAGAAGCAGAGAACCUAGUGAAUGGACGAUGGAUUGACAAUCAGCAUGCUAGACAAUUUGUAUGUUCGUUGAUGAGCCUCCUCUACGCAUUAAUAAUCACGGUAUUCGCUAUUGUUAUUGAAAUCUCGCCCACCGUCAAGAAUCGUCUAGCAGUCGGGGAAUUGAAAUGGUUUCUCGAAAAAACGUCACACACUGGUGAAGGAGCUGGAAGUUUAUACUUGAGACUAGGAGCAAUGUUUUUUGGAAUGAUCGGCAUCGUGCUUCUCGGCCUUGAAGUAUUCUUGUUAAUCCGCGACGAUGGUGGAAGCUACGCGAUCGUUCAAUAUAUCCUGAUGAUCGUCUUCAUCUUCGUGCAGAUGCAUUUCAUUUUCUGUAAUUCAAAGAUGGCAUUCAACACCUCGUUGGCGAUCAGUAAAUUUGGAAUGAUGCAUUUGGUGGCGGUGAAUGCGUUUACUUGGUUGCGAUUUGUGAUUGUGAAGGCGGCGAGUAAACAUAGCAAGAAGAAGGCUCAACUGCUUCGCUCAUCAUCAUCACAAUCUGAGGAGGAAGUGAUACGGGAGAAGCAUGAAAUCAAUGAAACGGAGCUCUAUGAUGUGAUGGCCACCACCGUCGCAGAAAUUCUCGAAACAACCACCAGCUCGUUAGACGUCAGAUCAAAAUUGUAUGCCGAGGGCUUCUUCGGGGAUAUCACCACCUUCUUUGUGACUUGCAUUGUGGAAUAUUCGCUUAUUGGUGCAGCCGUAAUGUUUAUAAUGUGGUUGUCGAUUGGGUCUGGGCAUCAUACGCCUAGCCAUGGGGCUCAGCGGGCGAAGAGGAAGAGUCGGAUGAGGAUUGACUGCAGCCGCUCAUCAACGGGCCUCUUUGGCGGCAUUCUAUUCACGAUCCUGGCGUUUGUGUCGAUUGGCGUGUAUUCGGUGUUUGACAGUUUGCACGAAUCCAAGAAUUCUGUGCUCUGCUUUGGCAUUGUUGAUCUGGUGAUGUUCGGGUGGUUGCUCUUGGUUUGUAUGUUUGGAACAUGGAGAAUGCGUGUUCUUCAAUAUCGUAAAGAUCACAGCCAUCAUAGUGGGGAGAUGCUCGAUGAGAUUUUAUUAGUGUUCGGGUUAUUUGGGGAGAUCGUCUAUUGCUGUAUUGCAAUCGAUCUUUGGGUUACCACAAAUCCGAUGAAGAAAUAUCGGAUGCCAAACUACGAUCUACCAGUGUAUAUAUGCCGAUUGUUAGCCGUGUUUUUCCAAGCUGUUUUUAUCAUGAUUAGCUCGAGGCUGGUAGCUCGUGGAGCCGAAGAAACAAAAAUCAAGCCCGGAAAGCAGUCCGUCACUUUCCUCCUAGUGGCCAACGUGGCCCUCUUUUUCUUCCAUACUUAUGAAUCGAUGAAGAGCACUCUUCCAUUGUCUGCUUCUUCAGCAGCAUAUCCUUAUAUCAUGUAUGGUGUCUCGCCACUCGUCGUAUUCUAUAGAUUCCACAGCUCGGUGUGCCUCGUGGAUAUCUUCAAAAGGACAUACAAUACAAAAGCUGGGGACAGCUCUUCCUCCGCCUCUUUUACAAUGACAAUCGACUCGACCGCUGGCCAC